CUGAUUACAAGGAGAGUUUUAACACCAUUGGGAAUAUUGAAGAAAUUGCUUUCAAUGCCGUGUCCUUUACUUGGGAUGUCAAUGAAGAAGCAAAGAUUUUCAUCACGGUGAAUUGCCUGAGCACUGAUUUCUCCUCGCAGAAAGGAGUCAAGGGGCUUCCUUUGAUGAUUCAGAUAGAUACCUACAGCUACAACAACCGCAGCAAUAAACCCAUCCACCGAGCCUACUGCCAGAUCAAAGUUUUUUGUGACAAGGGAGCAGAAAGGAAAAUCCGUGAUGAAGAGAGGAAGCAGAACAGGAAGAAAGGCAAAGGCCAGGCAUCUCAGGCCCCGUGUAGUAACUCUGAAGGGAAGCUGAGUGCUCUCCCUCUGCAAAAAAAGAGCGAUAUCACCUUCUUCAAAACGAUGACUGAUCUGGAUUCCCAGCCCGUUCUUUUCAUUCCAGAUGUUCAUUUUGGAAACCUGCAAAGAACUGGACAGGUUUACUACAAUACAGAUGAUGAGAGAGAAGGUAGCAGUGUCCUCGUCAAAAGGAUGUUCCGGCCUGUGGAGGAGGAGUUUGGCCCAUCGCCUUUGAAGCAGAUGAAAGAAGAAGGUCUGAAAAGAGUGCUUUUGUAUGUGAGGAAGGAGACAGAUGAGGUGUUUGAUGCUUUGAUGCUGAAAUCACCCACAGUAAAGGGGCUAAUGGAAGCGAUCUCUGAGAAAUAUGGGCUGCCGGUCGAAAAGAUUGCAAAACUUUACAAGAAGAGCAAAAAGGGUAUUCUGGUAAACAUGGAUGACAACAUUAUUGAGCACUACUCCAAUGAGGACACGUUCAUCCUGCACAUGGAGAGCAUGGUCGAAGGCUUCAAGGUCACGCUGACUGAGAUCUAACCCUGGGCACAGCCCUUCUGUAAGGAACCACAGCAUUUCAUCCUUACUGGAAAGCAGAAGAUUCUCCAGGAACUUGACAGACGUUGAUCAGAGAAACUGUUACAAGACUGCUUGGAAAACAUUAUCCAUUCUGUGCACGCAUACCCAUUGACUACAGACUUGGGUUUGUCAAGCACAAGGCCAUUCAUGAUAACCUGGACCCUUAUUUAUUGCUCCUUACUCUCUAGUGUACAAGCAGUUACCAGUCCCUAGAUUUGUAACCAGAUGACCCACUGCAAAUGUGAAAUGCAGCGUUUUAAUCCAUGCUUUAGCGUGGAUAAGCUCAUUCUAAAACAUGUUAAGGCACCAUGCUGGUCCAAUUUCAGAAAUCUGGUGUAAAU